AUGUCAUUUCCACUUCACCCUGAGAAAUAUUUGGUGGGUCGGUGCGUUUUUCGGAGGAAUCCCUACAGGUUUGUUGUGUUUUGAACUUUGAAAAAAUAGAUUUUUUUAAUAUUGAUAGAAGUUAAACAGAAAAUGGCAAUUUUUUAAUAUUUCAUAAUGAAAGAGCACUGUUCAAGCUUUUUUUAAAAUUAUGAAAACGUUAUAUAAAGAAUAUAAAAAUGAGAAAAGAUUCGCGGAAAAAUUGUGAAAUGACAGAAAGCGCGCUCCAACUCACGUUUGCAAGCCACUUAAGAAAAACUCAUUCUUUUUACAUUUAUCGCUAUUUUUUUAAUCCAUUUUCGAUUUUUUUAGUGAAUAUUUCUUGUUUUUUAUGAGUUCCACGCUUCCCUUUUCAUUAAUUGCCACUUUUUUCGGGUAUUGAAUCGAAAUUUUUUUUCGCUUCAAUUCAAAUUUUGAAUCAGUUUUGUAUUUUCCAUAAACUUUCUCACGGUUUUGUAUAAUGCUUUUGUUGAACCGAUUUCUAUGAUUGAAGCUUAUUUCUUGGAAUUUUCAUCGAAAUUUUCGUCAAAAAAAGUCAGUCGGAAGUUUUGCUUCGUAAUAAUAUUUUUUUAGUUUUCGACGUUUUUAAUUUUUUUCAAGUUGUUAUUCAGCGAUUAAAAAGGAAUUUUUUUCAGGUUUUUUUUUUCAAUUAUUUCAAAUUGAUUCGAAGUUUUUUGAUUAUUUGUUUGAUAUAUAAUAUUUCUGAAGUUUAAAACCUAUUUUCUUCUGAAAACGUCUUGAUGUAACUUUUAACAUUUGAAAGAAAUUUUCGUUUCAAGAUCUUACUGAAGUUUUAAUACUUUUUUUAAACUUCCAGCGAAAGUUUCUAAAGCAUAUUGAAAAACUUAAAUUUCAUUCAAUAAAGCCUCCCGUUAUCUUGAUCUCACUAGAAAGUUUGAUGUUUGGACUUGAGACCGCCUGAUCAAACUGAAUCGAAUCGAAACGGGUCCAACCGAGACUUUUUCGUGUGUAAAGUUGUGAGAAUUAUCACAGAAAGUGAUAUACACGCAGUGGUUGUGAUUCCAUUCAUUAGUUCAGUUGUAACACGACCGUUCCGACCAAUUUGAGACGUUGUUUUCAGCGGCGGAUCGAAAAGAGUGACGGAAAGUCACGAUACGCCAGAUUUGUACGCUAUUGUUGAGGUGGAUGAGACCGACGAUGGUCCUUCUUGUGCUGUUGGUUCGUUUUGAGGGAAUUCGGGCCUGAAAUGGUCACAAAUCUUACUAUGGAAUGUUCUCAACUCACAGAGUGACUUCUGAAUGAGACCGAGUUUUCUAUAUGUACUUUUUCCCGCUGAUUCCAAAUCUGGUCUCAAAAAUUGCCCACAAAGCCUGUGAAAAAAGCGAGGGACUCUUAAAAGUCGAAAGUUACAAUAUCCCAGAUCGAUCUCAUUUUUUGAAGGUACAGUACCCUCAGGAAAGAUACGAAAAAAGCUACUUUGGUCCCAACUUUCUUGUAAGGAAUUUGUCUUCCUGAAAGUUUCUGAAGCUACGUUUUUUCCCUGUGAAUUGAAACUUCAUCAGAGUGUUUAAAAUAACAGUCACCAGAAUUUCAGACAGAUUAAAUUUCUUCCAAGAAAGUUGUUACCGAAACCCGUUUUUCGUUUCUUUUCUGACGGUACUGUAUAUAAUUCUCAAUGAUGAUCAUAUUUUUUAAGGUUUAGUCCUUGUGUUUGACCCCCGAAAAAUAUUUUCUUUUAAAUUUCAAACUAUUUCACUAAGAAAAUGUUUUUCCAAAAAAAAAAAACCUUCCUUCCGCCGAGUUUCGUCAACGAUGAACAUUUUUGUACCAAAAAAGAGACAGAAAGGAACGAGGGAUUAAAAAAAAAAAAACUUUCCUUGUUCUUGGAAUUUUUAAAAAAACCUCUAGUUUUAAGGUCUUUGAAAUGCUCUGACCAUUAGGAAGUUUUUCGAAAAAUUAUUGCUUUCAAAGAUCAGAAGAGUUUUUUUCAAUGUUUACCCUCCCACAUAAAUUUUUUUUGAGUUUAAAGAUUCAUGGCUGUUUUGUUUAAAGGAGCAUAAAACGUGCUCUUUUUAAGUCUUUUCCCUUCGAGACCUUUUGCGCAACAUCACAUGUGAACAGAAUUUAUAUCUUUUCAGCUCCAGAGAACAUUAAAAAACCGAAAGUAGAAAAAAAUGGCGAAAGUUCGAAGAAAACCGUGGGGAAACCAGUCACUCAGGUAAUUUUUAAAAAUUAAGCGAAAAAAUUGAUAUCGAUUUGAAGAUGACGCCAUGUUCGGAAGAUCCUCGGAUUGUGAGCAAUGGAGCGAAAUGGAUGGCGAAGUAAUCGAAUAAUUGGGGAGGUCGCAUGGAGAAUGGCUUGAUGCGUUGCGGUCGCUGAGCGGAUUUUAUGAAAAGAUGUGAUAUAGCACAUUCUGCGCCAGCUUGUCACGAUUUUGAUUAUCCUCCGAGCUUCAGAACGCUUACGAGAAGCUUCCCUUUCAGAAGUCCCGUUAUUUUAAAGGCGCAUACAAAGAGACACGCCGCGCGCAUUGAGGGGAAUUUUCAUGUUUCUCUGACAUCGCCGGUGAGGGAACAGAACCAUUAGACACAUGAAAGCUUCAAAGUCGUGGCAAACCAUUCAACGGGCUAGAAAGGGGAAAUUGUGCAAAGUCGCUUCAGGUCGGGCGCAACAGCAAGUUGGUAACACAACGCAAAACAGAUUUUUCCCGGCAUUUCUAGUGAACGCUUUGGUAGCUUCAGAGCUCUUAAGGGAUACAUCGUUCAGAAUGAUCCGGUGAUUUUACCAAGAGCCGAGGGAGUGGUACCAAUUUUUGAACCUCCAUUAUAAUCACGACAUUUUGAGCCAUCCCAUGCGAUUUCCAACCAUUUUGAAAACUAAUUGUAAAUUUUUCCCUCCAGAAUUUUUGUUCCGAACGCAUUUAUGGGGAUGUUCAUCGGAAUGCACGGACAAGCCCGUCGUGAACUUGAGGACUCGACGAAUUGUCGCCUGAAGACACCAAGAAGGGGCUCAAAUGAACCUGUCGGUGGGCCCUUUCGUAGAAAUUUCUGACCUGUCUGCGCUCUCUUUUCUCUUGCUAUCGACCACGAGAAUCACCCGAUAAAGGUCCUGAAAGUCUCAAAAUGCACAAACUUCUAGUUUUCGAAAAACGAGGCUCCGAAAUGGCCUAUUUUAACAGGUUUUGAGGGUUUCCUUUGACUUUGAGUCUUCGUUUCUUGACCGCAAAUUAGAAGAUGUCCUUCCUGAUGAGAGAAAAGAGAUCACAGAGAAGCCAGACUGGUCGGAGUUUUGAGGAAUGACAUAUAUGAAGAUUAUUUCUAGAAAUCACCUCGUUCGGCGGCUUGGACUACGUCCAAAGAUGCAUGGAUCGUAUCGAGUUGUUCAAUAUCGAAGCGAGGAAAACGGUAAAAACAGUGAUCGGAAAUUUGAUCUCUGCUCCUUUAAUAGGACUAUUGACGCUUGAGAGGCUUACUAAAGGCGCAGUAGUUAAGAGAAUUUAUUCUUAAGCUGGAUUUCCGAACUUGAGCUUAUGCAUCUACCUUGAGAGGCUUAUUAAAGGGACAGCAGUCGAAAAAAUAAUUUUCCAAAAAGAAAUUUAUUUUCAUUAUUACUAACUUCAUAUUAGCUUUUUGUCACUUCGAAUAAGGCUAAAAUUUAGUAACCUCUUUAGGAGUUUAAGGCUACUAAUAAUUUAAGUGGCCACUCAAACGCCAAAUAAGGGAUUCUAUAGAGGGGGCACUUUAGUGUUCUCUCCAAGUGGUCCUUGAGGGGCCUCUUAAGUGGUCACUAGAGCUUCUCCCAGCAUGUUGUCCUCUCUUCGGAACAGAACUGAGAAAUUUUUUAGUGGCCACUAUAGGGUUUUGAGGCUUUAGGGGCCACUACAGUAGUCAAAAUAGGGGACACUUUAGGGGUUAAAAAUUAGUGUUCACUAUAGAAGUCUAAGUGCUUCUACUAGAUCACUCAAAAUUUUAGUGACCACUUUAGUGUUCUCUCCCACUAGUCCUUGGCGAGCCUCUAUAGAAAAAUUUUCCCACGAAUUUCACAAUUUUCGAAUUAAAAGUCAGGAUUUUUGAUUUCCCAAACCAGACUGUUGUCUUCUGACGAAUUUCCAGAAAUCAAAAUAAGAAAAUACAGGCGCGCGUGACGCAUUUCGUGGCGAUCCCAUGCAACUUGCCCGACGUGAUGACGUCAUUCGAGGCGUUUCGGCACAUAAUCAACGGAAACGAAGCGUACCACGUGGGAAGACGAAAAUUCCUUCCCGGUUGUUGUCAAUGAAGUCGUGAUUGAAGGAGACGUGCAAAAAGCCGAAACUGUUCACGUCGAAGGACAAACUCCACGUGACGAUCAGCGUCUUGUGGGUGUUCACCGACGAGGACAUGGCCAAGGUCACCUUGGUCCUCAACGACGUCCGCCAAGAGUUGAAGUCAGGGACACCAGAUUUUGAGGAUUCUGCCCAUAUUUAUCAAAUAUAACUGUGGAAAAAGGAAAAUAACCUCGAGAACUUCCCAAAAACUGACCAAAACGUUUUUUACUUAUGAACCCUAGAGUGAUCCCUAGAAUGGCAACCCCAAGGGCUCUCCUAGACUCCUCACGGGACCACCUAACGCUCCCUAUAGGGGCGCUGAAGCUUUCAAAAUUGGCCCUUAUAGAGGUUUCAGUUAGUGGCCACUCUAGGGUGCACUUUAGUCGAGUAGUGUCAUAAAUUCAUGAGGAAACUUUUAGUGCCCACUAUAGAGGCUCCCCAAGGACUACUUGAAGAGGACACUAAAGUGGCCACUAUUUGUUCAUUAGUGGCAACUUUAGUAGUUUUAGUAGAUCUAGUAAGUACCACUUGGAACUCUAUAGUGCCCACUAAUUUUCAACCCCUGUAGUGGCCACUAUUUUGACUAUUACAGUGGCCACUAGAACGUCAAAACCAUAUUGAGGCCAAUCAAAUUUUUCGCAGUCUAUAAGAAGAAGCAUUUCUACGUCUCUCAAGUCACAACGAAAACAUUUAGAAGACCCCUUUAGUGACCACUUGAGCUUUAAGGGUGGGUCCUGAACUACUAUAGGGGCCACCUAAAUUAUAGCCCUCUUGGGAGCACUAUCUUGUUCACUAUAGGGACUUCUAUCCUAGCCCCUCUUGUGGUGUAAAGGAAAAUGAAGAGACGACUUUUUUUUUAGAUUAUAAAACUUACCGCUCCAUCACACUCUGUGUAGUGAGAAUACGCAGCUGGUGCAUAAUGAAUUUCAAUCUUUCUUUGAUAAAAUCGAAGUUUUCUUUCCAGAAAACUGUUCAAAUUCCCAUUGAUGGCUGAGCUGAAGGGAAUCGACAUCAUGAACGACGAUCCACACAACGCCCAGGUGCUUUUCGCCAAGUUGGAGGGCGAAAAGUUGGUUUUUUUGAUGGCUUAUUCAAAAUAGCUUUAAAGCUACUUUGAAAUGUCAAAGUUUAAACAUUUUUGGGAAUACAGCCUUUUUUUAAAGUUUUUCUAAUCCUUUUCAAAAUAUUAGUUGGCUCAGAACCCUUGCUUGUCUUCAAAUAACACUUACUUAGGAACUUCAGAGUGGUCCCUAUAGGGACAGCCUUAAGGUCCCUCGAAGGGUCUCCUCUAGGCUUUACCAACCCCUAUAGGGGCCACUAAAGCUUGCAAAAGGGGUCCCUAUAGGAGUUUUAGUUAGUGGGCGCUCUAGGGGACAUUCUAGUCGGUAAUUUUCAUGAAAACUAUGCGAAAAAGUAUUUCACGCGAAAAGCUCGAAAAAAUAACCUUUCUUUUGAAUAAAACGACCUCUAUAGGGACCACUUGCGUUUUAGGGGCUAAAAGGUCAGAUCCUAAAUUCCUUUAGAGACCACCUUGAUUUAACCCCUAUAGGGACCACUUUAUUCAUAACUCAACUUGCGUCGCGGCUUGCGGAGCGGUGAAAAUUUUGCCAAUUUAUUGAAAUUUUUCUAUUUUAUCUUUGUGAAAUUAAAAGCAGAAACGAAAAAUUUGAAAUCGGCGUACUCUAUUCGCUUUUAAUUGCCUAUUGAGGAUGUUUCGAAUCGACUAUAUAUCUUCUGAAAAGAUUAAAUGAACUAUUUGAAGUGUCCAAGAGGUGACGAAUUUGGUGAAGCAACGGCUGGUGGAAGCCGGCCUGGCCCGACACGAAUCCCUGGACGAAAACGUCAAAAUUCACGUCACUUUGAUGAAUUCUCGAUAUAUUGUUCAGGUUUCCCCCAAGUUUCUUUUUUCAUUAUUUAUAGGCAGAGUCGGGAAGGUUCAAUAGAAAUGUUCCUUUUUGAGCUAUUCAGUCGGCUUUUAUGCACCAUUUUUGCUGCCUUUCCACAGCCUUUUUUGAGCUUUUUAGCAGCCAUUAUCCAUCAUUCUGACUUUGCCCGAGUUCAAAUAAAAAAAAAACUUUCAUUGUUUUUCAUCAUGCUUCUUUGUAACCUCAAACUUACAUGUCUAAAAGUUUUUUGAAAUCGAAAAAAAAGAGAUUACCGUUUUCGAAAAAGUUUCAAGUCUAAAUAGUCGAAAAGAUUGUCGCUUUUGUUUUUUUCUCCAUAACUGAUUAAAUUUUUGAGAAUAAGUCAUUUUGGAACCGAUUAGGGAGGGAGUUGAACUUUUAAAAAAGGAUUAGGAUUCGACAAUGCUAAUUUUUUUCGUUUCAAUUAAACGCUUUUGUUGAUACAUUUCUGCUGUUUUUCCUCUUUUUAAGGUUUUCUACGAAUUCUUCAAGUUUUUUUCCGGUUCUAAAACGUCCAAUUUUUUUUUCGCUUUUUUUGUAUUGGAGUUCAAGAAAUGGAAAAUUUUUAAUUGAAGAAAAAAAGAGUAUAAGGAAAAAAAAGUUGGAAAAAAAUUCGGAACGGGUUGUGAGAUUUCCGAAAGUUUUGAAAUCCUCUAGAACUUGAAAUCGGAAAAAAAGCUCACAUCUGUCCAAUAAAAGUCAAUUUUUUAAAUUUUCGUUUCAAAAUUUUAAGCCCAUUUUUCAGAGUAGCGACCUGCGCAAGUACCAUUUCGAUGCGUCGAAAAUCCUGGAAAACUUUAAAGAUUAUUAUUUCGGCCCGGUUCAAGUCAACGAGGUCUGAACUUAUUUUUUCUCAUCCAUCAAAAAAUAUAAUUUCAGAUUUGCCUUUGCCCGCUGAACUCUCAAACGGGAAAAGCGCAAUUUUACCCGAAACUCGUCACAAUUUCUUUAAAUUAAUCGACAAAAAAAAAUAUUUGUCCUUUUAAGGUUAUAAAAAUGUUAUUUAUAUGAGGACUUUGCGUCAAGUUGUGGCAAACUAAUGGAGUUUCGGGAAUAAUUAAAGAGUUCGCGGCGAGAAUGCGCCGGUUUUUUUCUUGGCUUCUCGACUGAAGAGGAAGGAUCUGGUUUGCCUAUUCUUCUAUACUAUAAGGGCCUAGGUCCGUUCUUGAGGUGUCUAGGAAUUGCAUCAUUUUUUUGGUUUUCCAAAGUUUUCUUGGAAAAAGUAAUCGAUUGCUAACUUUCAGAACAGUUUGCUUUUUUCAUUUUUUAUAUUUCUCAUAAAAGACUCUUUGCUUUAGUGACCACUUAUGGCUCUUCAUGAAUAGUUCAGAAUAAAACCCUCAAGUGGGCACUUAGUCUCGGAGAGGAAUACCCUAAAAAUGCCUUUCACUUCUUUUCUUUUUUAUUCCUUCAGUGUCUCAUUAAAAAAAGGCUCUCCGCUUUAGUGACCACUUAUGGUUCCACAUAAACACUUUAGGAUAAACCCCUUAAGUGGCCACUUAGUCUCGAAUUUCGGAAAGAAGUGGUUUCCUUCAGAAAAACUAGUUUUUUGUCUCAUAAAAAAAGACUCUUAACUUUAGUGACUACUUAUGACUUAUUAUAAACCUCUCCAGUGGUCACUUUAUCUAGGGCUGUAGAGGGAAGUACUCAAAGAAUGCCCUUCGAAAGUACUUUUACUUUUUACUUUUUAAUUUCUCUUUUUUUUUCGAAAAAGGAAGGCUGUUUGCUUUGGUGACCACAUAUGGCUCCACAUAAACACUUUAGGAUAUACCCCUCAAGUGGUCACUUAGUCUCGGAUUUUGGAGGGGUUCCCCCAAGAGUUUCCUUCAUAACACUUGUUUUUUUUUCAUUGUGUCAUAUAAAAAAAGACUCUUCACAAACUUCGGAGAGUGGUUCCGAAAGAAAACUUAUUUACUUUAUAUUCCGUCAAUGUCUUAUUUUAAAAAAAGUCUCUUCGCUUUAGUGAUCACUUGACGCUUCACAUGAACCCCUCCAGUGGCCACUUAGUUUUUUUAUUAGACAUCAAUCAUUUGUAGCUGGAACCCUCAUCCCGAAUCCCCAAAGAAACGCUCUGGCGUAACAAUUUUGGGGUUUGUCUGAUUGGCUGCCUCCGCCCUUUAUUGAUCGAAAGCAGGCUGUACUGCAAAAGUCUGGGUCCGUUUUUGGAGCUGUCUGGAAACUGUAGUGUUCAUUUUUCUCCAAGGGGGAUGAUUUUUGUUCAGUUUUUUUCCAAAGUUCACUAUAGUUAUCACUGUAGAAAGGAACUUCUCAAGACAGCCCUCUUGGAAAGUAAUUUGGUUCUUCGGCGGAUAUUUGAGUUGAAAACUGAGAUUAAUUACAAUUUUCGAAUCGAUUUGAAGGAAGGGAGGUUAGGAAAAGUCCAAUUUUUGAUGCCUUUUCACCUUCUCCUCCCCCAAAAGCGCCAAAAUCGAGAAAAGACGGACGAUCCAGAAUGAUUGGGAAGAAGAAAAAGAAGAAGAAGAGAGGACAACAGGCUGAAGAUAAGGCGGCGGCUUCUGCCCCCCAUGUCGUGGCUGCCAUCCUCCGGCGCCAAUCUUCCACUCGAUUCUCGAUUUUUUUUUCUUCCUUCCAGGCCUUGUUCACACUUCCAGACCUUAUUCAGUCCGGAAUCUUGAUUUUUGCAAAUUCUUACUGAUUUAUGUAGUCUUUCCCCAUGUCUUGAAAAGUUAUGAAAAUUUAUUUCGAGCUUUUUUUUUCAGAAGAUCACUAUAAUAGCUUUCUUGAGUUUUUUUAAAAGGUACCUGGCGCGGAAGUUCGAGAAUUUUUUUCAUACUUUUUUUCGAAAAAAAGUGACACACCAAGACCCUUCAAAAAAACUUCGGAAGACAAUUUUGAGUUUAAAAAAAUUCGAAAAAAAUUAAUUUUUUUUCCCUUCCAUUCAUUAUUAUUAUUUCUUUUUUUCACCUUCACCGGGUCGAAAAAAACCAAAAAAAGUUACGAAGAAUCGAGUAUAUGAAAUUUUUUUAGCAUUUUACAUUUGUCAAUCAUUUUUUUCUCAAAUCAGUUUCGUUUCAAAAAAAUAAUAAUAAUUUUUUGCGAUACUCUGUUUUUUUCGAUCACAAAUUUACCCUUGAAAAUUCCUAUUUUUCCCUAUUUCAAUAGUAUACUUUUUCAUUUGAACCAUUGUUGAUUUUCUAAAAACUUGAAAAAUCGAAAAAUUUGGAAGAGAUUUUAAUUUUAAAUUUCAAAAAAAGCGAGACGAUGUGUUUUGUACGCAAUGAGUGUGUGCUUGCGUACAAUGCGUCCUGCCGACGCGCAAAUUUAUUUUUAAUAAAUUUUUCCAUUGUUCUUGCGGUUUUCUUCUGCUUUCAAAUGGUUAGUUUUAUUUUUUUCAAUAUUUAAUAAGAACAAAAAUCAAAGAAUAAUUAUAAACUAAGUGAUUUCUUCUAUUUUCCGUUGUUUCCCUUUUUUUCAAUCCUUCUGAUAAAAACCGGCAUUUUGUUUCAUGUAAUUUUUUUGUUCUUGUUAGAAUUUUUUUGUAAGUUUUGUUAGAGUUGAAUAAUUUCUGAAUUCAAGUCAAUAAUAAAUAUAUUUUAUAAUACUUUUUAGGAGGAAAGGCAAGUGACGGAACUCGGCGCGGAUGCUUUUUCCACGCCGCUGUUGCCGUCCUGCUUGUCGGCUUGGCAGAAACGGUUCGAUUUAUUUUUGUUUUAUGGAUAGUUCAACCUUAGUAUCAAAUUUAUGGUUUGGUAUGUACUUUCUUGAAAAACUGAGCAGAAAACUGUGAAAAGUCAAAGAAUUAGUCGUUUUUUACCUGAAGUUUUGGACCAAAAAACAGGGUUUAAAUAGGAAAUUUUGGACCAAAAAACAGUUUUAAAUAGGAAAUUUGUCGCAGCCAAGUUUCAGCGCAUUUCAAAUCCAAAAAAUCAUAGAAAUUCCUGGAAAUCGUACUUUUGUGUUAGCUCAGUUCUUGGCCAUUUGCCAGCCAAAGAAGCGGUCAAAUAAAUUCGGCCGAAUGUUGCAUAACUCAGGCGCGCCAUCGUUUUCUUUUCUUCUCUCACUGCUUUUAAUGAAUACCGGAUUUUUUGUCCUCGAAGUGUGUGCGCCUCUUCCUGGGGUGGCUAAUAACGUUCCGAACUGGAUGCAUAUGUUUCUUUGUGAAUCCGUGCCAUUGAUCCUGAUUAGGUCGGAGGGUUGAAGUUUUGAUAACUUAUAUCCUUAAUCCAAUCUUUAAUAAUAUGAACGAGACUUGUUAGACAUAAAUUAGAAACGGCAGAGUGGUUUCUAUACGGGUUAGGGGGAAAAAAGCAGCCCUAGAGGGGUGAAAUUUAGGUAGUCCCUAUAGGGGUUCAGGGUCUGACCACUAACUUUUAAGAGAUCGUUUAUUACCCCCCUUUGAAUUUUUUUGAUGAAACUUCGGUGAAAUGAACUUUAGGACCUCUUGAUUCCAGAACAAGAAAAUAACUUCUUGCAAUAGAUCUUUUAUUCGACUUAUAAAGCUUCAAAGUCCGCAAAAAAUGCCAAAAAUGUACAAAAAGGCGCUAUUUUAAGCUUUUGGAACGUCUUAACUCGAAAAAAAGAUCUAUUUCUAGAAUUUUUCGGUUGUCCUGCAAUCAGAAGGCUCCAAAGUACACUUCAGCAAAAUUCAUUAAAAGUUCAUCGGAAGGGGGACGUUCCCUAGUAAGUCCCUAUAGAGGUUUCUUAUUUUUUUCUCACAGAUCUGAAAUUUGACAAAUUCAAUAAAAAUUCGAUCGAUCAAUCCUCUGUUGAUAUUUUUCAUUCACAAGAGUUAAUUUUUCGAGUUUUUCAAAUGGAAAUGCUUCUAGAUUAAAAAAACACUUCCCUAUAGGGGCCACUAAACAGUUCUUAAGAAAAGAAAAUAUUGAAAGUAAGAAAGAAUUUUUCCUGUUUUUCAUGAUUCAACAGAGAAUCUUCUCUCAAAAACUGAAUAAACUUGGUAAAUUUUAACAAAUCUAGUGAAAAAAAAAGUGAGAGAAAUACCUAGAUUUCCAGGCCGAAGACCUGGUACUGGUCGACGGGGGACAACCUUUGAAAAUCCAGCGUCGCAGUCCGCCGCGCCAAAAACGUUGGUUCUUUUUUGUCCCGUUGCAUGACGUAAUCCCGACCCAAUCACAGUCAAAUCACGGGAUUUGCCGGUCGAUGACGUCAUCCAUGCGCCCGUCGACAAUCAGCGCGUCUUCACCAAAGAAAAGUUGGUCGAUUUUUGAUUUUUUCUGUCGACUUUUUAUUUUCAGCUUCUACAUCAAUGGCAUGCAUCCGAUGCGCAAGGAAAUGAAGAGUAAGAUUUUUACGCAGGAAAAGGGCUUUUUCGCUUAUUUUUUCAUUAGGGAAGGGUCUGAAUUAAACAAUCUCUUAAGUAUUGGCUAUGGGGUCCAGAUAAAUGACCCCUUGGGGAGAAUUUCAUUGAAAUCUAUCUUACGGUAUACUUGGAAAAAUAAUAAUACUGUUGUCAUACUUGUUAUAAUACUGCUGCCAGGAGUAGGUUGAUGUUGUUUAUCCGUUAGGUCUAGGCUAAGGUCCUUCAAACUUCUAGAAAAGGCCUCCAGAAAGUUUCAAAGUUUCGACCAGAAACCCUUCGAAAUCUUCUCAUCUCCAGCUCAAUACAGAAGUUCCUAGUAUUGUAAAAAAAAAAUUGAAAAGUUCGGCAAAAGCGCGUUUUGCAGCAAAGUUGCUCCAUGGACAAAAAUCAGCAUUUUUCAAUUUUUCGUUUUUUUUUUAUUGGAACCAUUCAUGAACCUUUAAUUUUUAAUGAUUCUCGCAAUCUCAUUUUCACAUAUCUUCCGAAUUUGAAAUGGCGGAUAAUGAAAAAAGGAGAGGCUCAAAAAAGGAGCCUUUGUCAUCCUGAAAGGAACAUUUCUAUGGAGCCUUUUUCCACCCUUUUCGACUUUGCCUAUGUUUAAUGAAUUGGUAGACAUUUUCUUUUAACUCUGAGCGUCUUGGGUAUCUUCCCUGACCUGUUUAAAUAAUUUCAAGCGUAAAUUCAGAAUCAGCUUGAAAAAAGACAUCUAAAGGUCUCGUCCAGAAGUCCCAGCUUCCCAUCCCAACAAUUAUGCAGAAAUAUAGUAUCUUGUGUAUUUCAGUGUACCUGGAGAUGCUCACCGACGGCAAGGGCUCCAUCCAGGACAUUGAUUCAUAUUUCGUGACGCCGCCGCCUCGUCGCACGACGAUUCUGCCGCGAGGCGAGCCGAUGACGUCAUCGUCUCCGACGCCGGUGGAGCCUGACGUCAGUCGCAUCUCGAACGGCAGCCACGACGAGGACCGUCAUCAGCUGCGACUCGUCACUCUGCCGCCGACCAAGCCGACUACUCCACCUCCUUAUAAGCAUAAUAGCGUUAGUUAAAAUGGAGCUUGACGCUUUUAUAAUGAUUUUUCAGUUCAAAUUUAAGAAAAUAUUGGGAUUUUAAAAAUUUUUAGUCUUAAGUAAUAAGCUUGUUGAAGUUGGAGUUCGAAGCAUUCAAAUGGGUUUUUUUAGUUCGAUGUUGAGAGGUUUUCGUGAUCCUGAGAGUUUUUAAUCUUAUCGUGUAGCUUGAAAUUUUAUUAAAACUCCAAAAAAUCGCUUUUUUCUGAUCAUAGAAAUUAUGGUUGAUGGGCUACUACAUGGAAUUCGAUUUUUGAUUUGAAAACAUAUAGAGCUUCGAAGAAAAGAGGAAAACAUAGUUAAAAUGAACCACAGAAUUUCGAUUUUAAAAAAGACACUAAAAAGGAGAUUUUCCAGCUCCGCCGUCGUCAUAUCCUGCCCGCGGGGUCCUUCGAAAAACCGCCGUCUCCGCCCCUUUUGUCCACAAAUCAACAGUCAGCACCUUUAUUAUCACCUAUUCCUCAGCCUGCGCCAGUCCUACCGCCUCUCUCCUUGACGUAACCUGCCUAAAAAUCUUGCUCCUAUGUUUCGGCUCAUUUAAGCCCGCAAGCCGAUCCGAUUGGACCGACGGUCCGAUUCCCGGCCCAAGCUUGGCAAGUGCCACCGCUGCAGACGCCGUCGGCCCAGCCGACGCCCUUCGGAUCGCUCUUCGACGGAUCGGCCGUAGCGCCGUCGCCCUUGGCUCCGCCGCCGAAUCCCUUCUUCCCCACUCCCUAUGUUCAUCAGCCGACGACUCCAAUCGGUCAAUCGUUUGAUUUGUUUUGGUCGCAUGGAGAAUGGCUCAAAGACUGAUUGUCACUUAUGGCGGAUGUUAUGUACUUCUAAGGAGGAAAUCUUGCAAAAUGGCCACGGAAGGGGUUUUAGUUAGUUACCACUCUGGAGGAGCAUUAUUAGCGUCAUUAUUUGAUCCCGACGUAUAUUUUUUAUCUUAAUGUCAUAACAAAAAUCGAACGACCACUAUAGGGUCCACUUAGGGGGUCAGACCCUAUAGGAAACCCCGGAUUUUAGCCGUCUAAAGGCUCUCCCCUAUAGGGGCUGUUUUAUCCCUAACCCCUCUAGGGACCACUCUUGCGUUCCUAAUUAUGUCACAAGUAACGCUAUGCCAAGCGCGAUAUCGCUAUGUUCCCGCGAUAUCGCAAACGUCUCGCGCUAUAUCGUUUUUCUCCAAUUUGAUCUAUUUCAUCAUAAGAAAAAUCUUGUUUUUCAAGUUUCAAACUUAUAAGAAAGAGCGAUAUGGCAGCGAGACUUUGACGAGGUCGCAGCAAAAAUUUUUGGCCAUAUCGUUUACGAUCCGCUGCGAUAUAGUUAAAUCGUGAUUCCUCAGAGACCUCUCUGGCGUUUCCUAAGUUUAUCACAACGAGAGUAAAGCUAUGCCGCGCGCGCGAUAUCGCUCCCUUCAAGCUGCGACAUCGCGAACGUCUCGCGCUAUAUCGCUUUAGAAAAAUAAAGCAAAAUCUUGUUCUUCAAGUUUCUGAUUCAUAACAUGCGACCAGAAAUUUCAAAAAUUUUUAAAAAAAGAAGACGGAAUCUUUUUUUCAGAAAAAAACUCAAUAUUUCAUUUUAAGUUUUGAAAUUUUAAUUUUUUUGAAGCUUUAAGCUUAAUAAAUGUCAUUUUUUGGUAAUAUUUAGCAUUUUCAGUUCGAAACGAUUCGUAUAACCCAUUUAUACCGAUUCCAUUGGGACCCCUGCCACAACUCCCAUCCCUGUUUCAGAAUAACCAGGUAAAGAUUCAAAAAUUGGUUCUUCCGCUGCAUACAAGUGAAUCAUUAUCAAGAUUCAAAUUGCAUAUUUAUCAAAAAAAUUCUUUAUAUUUAAGAACAAUUUUCAGCCCUACGAUCCAAGACCGCCACCGCCGAUAGAACAGCCGCCAGCUCAUAGGGUUAAUCAAAUAAAAUAAAAUAAAAUAUUAAAUAAUUUUCCAGACCCCAGUCCGAGUCGGCUCAUUCGCCAGAAGCAUGCAGGCGACCCCGAUUCCCCUACUUUCUUCCGCCAGUUAUGCCGGUUUAUUUCAUAUUUCAGUUUCAAAAUCAAGUAAUGAAAAUGAAUUUCAAACAAAACGCAUUAUCUUGAGAAGGUUUUUAGGAAGAAAGGAGAGGAAAAUAUCGAGUUCCAGAGUGGUCCCUCUAGGGUUUAAGGCUGAAAAAAAACCUUAUGCGGGUCGAAAAAGUGAUCCCUAUAGGGGUUUAGGGUCUGGCCCCUUAGCCCCUAUAGCUCAAGUGGGCCCUACAGGGGUCUUUCAACUUCAUUUAAAAACGCUUAUUUUUUUUAUUGGAAACGCUUCUACUUUACAUAAAAAUUAUCGAUUAGCAUGUGCCAUAUAGGGACCACUUUUGCAAGCUUUAAGUGGUCCCUAGAGGGGAAUCUCCGAGAGCCCUCAAAUUUGCCCCUUCAGAGACCACUCUGAAGUUUUUAAAGUUAGAGAAAAUUUAAUGGAAGAAAUUCUAGGGGUUAAUUUUUAAUGUAAGAAAGUUGAUUAACCUAAAAAAAAUUCGAAAAGUCUGAUUUCUUUGUGCCCUCUCGUGUUCACGUGCUUUUUUCAAGUCUCUAACUUUUUCGGACCUGGGUAACAAAAGCCGGGGAGCAGUUCUAGGGGUCACUUAAGGAUACGGACGCUCCUAAAGUGGUCACUAGAAAUGCUCCGAUUCGCGUUACCAAGGUCCGAGCUCUUGGUCGGUAAGAGAGAAGAGGGCGCAGACAGGUCAGACUGUUUCAAGUCUGUUUAAAAUGCUUCGAAAAAAAGGUUAACGAUGUUCCAGACAACGCCUAUUCACAGGAGAAAGAACGAGAGCUGAGCGAGUACUUAACUAAUGCGGAACUCGUCAAGAAGGUUUGAAAUGGAAGUUGAAUUUUGAAAAAAACGGCUCUUCGCCUCGAGACCUUUAUCUAUGCUCCUUUAAAUUUUCUGGCCUAUUUUAAACCAUUCUUCUCCUCAAAAAAAAUCAGCUUUUUAGCCCACCCCACAAAUCGAAUAUUCCGUGGACAGUUUCGCGACGAUGCAAAAGCCUGACGAACAGCCGGUCCCACCCAGCUUUUUCAACGCCAAAACUUUUGUCGCCAAGCCGGCGAGGUAAAAAAAACGUCGAAGAAAUUUUUAUCAUAAAUUUCCAGCAACGUUUACGCUCCCCGAAUAGCAAAGCCGUCGGAGAACCUGAAAAACUUUGCCAAAGUCCAUCCGCAGGUCGUCAGCUCACUACAGAGGCCCAUGGUCUACCGAGGCCACGAAAUUAUCAAACCCAAGGUACAGAAAAAGCUCUGGUCACGGCUGGCAUCAGAAAUUGGGUCUCGACACGAUAAUGAAAGAGAAGUGUCUGGUUAGUGGAGAGCGCAGACAAGGUAGAGACGCGAUAUGCUCGGCCAGAGUCCUGAGUAUAUAGUCUGAUCAGUAAUUAUCAGAAAUAAUCAAAAAGUUGACUCCGCCCUCAAGACUACAGUAUCCUUCGUGUCGAUGUUUUAUCGGUUUUUUCGAUGAUGGUCCUUUAAUAGGGCUACAUUUUCCGUGUUUUUUUGAAAAACAAAUAGAUUAGACCAGUUACUUUGAUCCAUUGAACCCUAAAGUGGCUACUAAAAUGUUUAGUGGUCUAGUAGUAGCACUUAGACACCUACAGUAACCCCUUAAGUGACCACUAAUUGGACUACUAUAGUGGCCCCUAAAACGUCGAAAUCCUAUAGAGGCCACUAAUAAUUUUCCCAGUAGAUCAAUGAUCCUUGAAUAUAGUCUGUUCAGGUUUUUAAUUUCAAGUGCAAUGACGUCAUUCACAAACACUCUGUGGAUAGCUCGCUCUCUGAUUGGUUUAUCGCAACAUUAGGGGCGGAACUUGAGCGACGAUUUGACAUUCAAAACCUGAACAGACUAUAGCGUUAUACCAUAUUCGAAACAACUUUCGCGAAUUUCAAAAUUAUCUCUGACUCUCCAAAAUAUAGUUAUCUUUUCACGUCACUGCGAGAAAACGACGAAAUAGCAUGCGGCAGAGAAAAAUCAGGGUGCGCCUUGCACAUCUACUAAAAGACCUCAAUUUCAGUCUAACUCAACGUUGCCAUCGACGCCGUACCCCUGGCCGUCGAAUCCGCCCCCAAUCGUCCCGAUCCAAGCUUCCAAGUUCCCUGGGAAUGGCGCCAUCUCCGGCCUCAACCCGAAUGCCAAACUCGACCUCUGCUGUCGUAAGCAGCGGGUUAGCCCCGUCUGUCAGAGUCUCUGCAACUUUGACACCUUCAAUGAUAAGACGGUAGGGAAGCUUUGAAGAUCUCUUUCAUUCGCAAGCUUGAAGUUUUAUAGUCAAUCCUUCCUGACUUGUAAGGCGAGUUGCUUAGGAGUUAUAGAGAGGUCCCUAUAGGGGUUAGGGAAAAAAACGGUCCCUAUAGGGGACGAAAAAAUGAUCUCUUCAGGGGUUAUAUCCAGAUGAUACCUAUAGAGGUUUCGAGUCUGACCCCUCAGUCCCCAAAGCUUAAGUGGUCCCUAUAGGAGUCUUCCAAUUUCAUUCAAAAACGCUUAUUUUUUUAAUUCUUCACAUGGAAAUGCAUACAGUACAUACAGAAAUUUGUCGAUUAGCAUGUUCCCUAUAGGGACCACUUUCGCAAGCCUUAGUGGUCCUGGAGAGGACUCUGCGAGGGUCCCUAAACUAGCCCCUAUAGGGACCACUUUUGCAAGCCUUAGUGGUCUUAGAGAGGACUCUUCAAGGGUCCCUAAACUAGCCCCUAUAGGGACCACUAUUGCAAGCCUUAGUGGUCCUGGAGAGGACUCUGCGAGGGUCCCUAAACUAGCCCCUAUAGGGACCACUUUUGCAAGCCUUAGUGGUCUUAGAGAGGACUCUUCAAGGGUCCCUAAACUAGCCCCUAUAGGGACCACUAUUGCAAGCUUUAGUGGUCCUAGAGGGGUCUCUCCAAAGGUCCCUAAAGUAGCCCCUAUAGGGAUCACUCUGGAGCUCCUCUAUCAUACUCCUACAAAUAAGGAUUUUGAUCUGAAACCCCCUUUUUCACUGGCUAGAUUUAUGUGUGUGUCCAAAUUCAGCUGAUGACGGCGUUCCUGACCAACCAGUGCCCGGGCCCGCAGUUGGGCCACGCCUACGAGUGCGCGAGUUCGCGAGCCGACCACACGGCCUGCUGCGAACGGACCGGCGUCGUCGCCUUCCAAGGCGGCAAGUGCCUGCCCUUCUGCCGAACCCACGUCGCCACCCCGUCAAACGUCCUCGACUACUUUGUCUGCCUCCAGGUACCUUUUGACACUUUGAAACGGUUCCCAACUUCCUAAACCCAUAAAUUGUGAAAUCGAAUGGGAUUUUCCGCCUUUCUCUCAGGAUGGCCAUGAAACUCGCAGAUAAUUCAUUAAUUUCAGCUUCUUCUGAUUAAUUAGAGUUCAUUAAGGGAUUCAGACGCUUGAAUUUGAUCACUCCCGAGCCUUCAUAGACCGUUUGUUACAGCUUAAAACUGUCUGACUUCUCUGUUCUCUCUCCGUUUCGCCGAUACUCUCGCUAUCACAUGUUUCUAUGACCUCGCCGGCGAGAGAAAAGAGAGAUUAGACGGGUCAGACAGUUUUAAGUGCGAACAAUACGAAAUCCAUUCACUACUCGCUUAUUAUGCCAAGAAAAGUGUACUCCAUCGCAAUGAGAGAAAAGAGAGGGCAGACAUUGAAAAAAUCUCUCGGACCUUGGUAACGCGAACGGGACGUGUCAAGGCAUUUAUAGUGACCACUUUAGUAGCCUCAGCACACUUAAGUGAUUCCUAGAAUCGCCCAGAAACGUCAAUUUCGCGUUACCAAUGUCCGAGCAAUUUUCAAUUUUUGAAAAAGCGGUUUCAAAGAUAGAAAUAGACACAAAUUUCAAGUUAGUUCGCUGGAGCACACUUUCCCGCUCAAGUAGAGCUAGCAGUGACCUAACUAUUUUUAAAUCAGCUUCAUUUUUUUUUAUUCUCAAAAAUUCUAGGUUUUCGAGUCGAUCAAAGGCUGCUACCGCGACCAUCAGCUCACUCAUCCCAACAUUUUCGGCGACUAA